AUUUAAUCCUAAUCUAAUUGCCAAAACCUUAAAUUUAUCAAACAUAAAUUCAUGAAUAUUUCUCAAAAAGCUUCCUUUGAAUCCUUAACUUUUGAAUUUCUAAACAUCAAAUUAUACUCUUGUGGCCACAUCUUUAAUAUUUUUACAUACGAAAGCUCUUUAUCCUAAUACAAACGCUCCUCCAAUGCAUAAUCCUAAAAACACCAUACUAUUAAUAAGAUCUAAAUUUUUAUUUUCUACCGAAACUUAAACAGAUCCAACUGCUAAAAAUGAUAAAAAUAAAGUGGCUGAAACUCCUAAAAUCUAAAUAAAGGCAUCAUAAUUAUCACAUGCCCAACUAAUUAAAAAAAGUCUGUCUUUAAUUCCAAAUGUAAACGAAUUCAAACUAGCUAAUUAAUAAGCAUCUCCAGUUAUAAGUGUAAAAAAGCAAAGUCCUCCAAGUACACAUGCGCUUUAAAUCAUUCCAACAACAAUCAUGCAAAUACCAAAAAUACUCCCAAGCAUAAAACCACAAAUUCCAGCUCCUGCAACUACCAGAAGAAUAGCACACAUAGCAAGAUCAACUUAAAAUUAAGAAGCAAUAAUGCCUUAUGAAUGUGAAUAAUCUCUUGCAAGUCUAUUAAUAUUUUUAACAAGAGAAUUAUUAUGUGAAGUCCAAAUAUCAGUAAUAAUUAAAAGAACAACAGAUGUUAAUUAUCCAUAUUAUAAGCACCAUAUAAUAUCUCCAAUACUUAUAUUUACAUCAAAAAUAGAGUCAGUUACUUUUGCUUUAUCUUCUCCUUUUCCUAAUUCAAUUUUUUCAUUUAUUACUAUUUAAGGUACAAAAAAUAACAUUAUGUAAAUUAUUAAAUUUACGACAAUAUAUUAUAUUCUAAUUUAAGUUGCAACGUAUGUUGUAUUAUAUGGAGUUUUUACUAAUUUUUCAACUAUUUUUACUAUCCAAGCAAUAAAACCAGUUAAUAAUACAUUCAAAGAAAAUAUAUAUAGAAUUAAAUGUAAAGCUAUAUGAUGUAAUUACUCUUUGUCUUUAUAUAUAUACAUUGUUAGAGAUAUUAAACAUGAUAUUAUGCUUUAAAUAUCAAUAGAAGUACUUAUAUUAUGUUAAAAGUUUUCGCUUAUCAUUAUACUUUAUUCAAUUGUAUUUCUUAUUGAUAUGCCUUGUGGAUUUCUUUCUUCGGAAAGGGCUUUUUCUGUAAGUUCGCUUCCUAUAGUAAUUCCCUUAAAUUAGGUAGUUCCUAUUUCUCUAUAAAAAAUGCCUGUAAUAGCUAAACCAAAAGAAAAUCCUAUAUAAUUAAAGAAUGUCUUAUUAUCA